CACCUCCCUUUCCUAGCCCAGUCAUCUCCCGCCCCACAGGCCCCAGCCGGGCAGGCGGGAGGUGAGCGCCGCUGUCCCCCUCCGGGACUUCCGGCAUCGAGGAGUCCGUAGUUCCUGGUCAUUUGCCGGCGUUUCCGGGGCCCAGCGGCUGUGGAUGGCAGAAGCCCAGGGUGGGACUGGACAGCUGCAGGAGCAGAAGAAAGGUCUCCUGAUAGCCGUCAGCGCCUCCGUGGAUAAGAUCAUCUCCCACUUCGGGGCCGCCCGGAACUUGGUUCAGAAGGCCCAGUUGGGGGAUAGCCGACUGAGCCCGGAUGUUGGGCACCUGGUGCUGACCACCCUCUGCCCGGCCCUCCACGCCCUGGUGGCCGACGGGCUGAAGCCUUUCCGGAAGGAUCUCAUCACCGGGCAACGCAGGAGCAGCCCCUGGAGCGUGGUGGAGGCGUCGGUGAAGCCAGGCUCCAGCCCCUGUGCCCUGGGCACCCUGUACAGCCAGGUCAGCCGUCUGGCCCCGCUGAGCAGCAGCCGCAGCCGCUUCCAUGCCUUCAUCCUGGGCCUCCUCAACACGAAGCAGCUGGAGCUGUGGUUUUCCAGUCUCCAGGAAGAUGCAGGCCUGCUGUCCCUGCUGUACCUGCCCACGGGAUUCUUCUCCCUGGCCCGGGGCGGCUGCCCCUCCCUGUCCACGGAGCUGCUGCUCCUGCUCCAGCCGCUGUCAGUGCUCACCUUCCACCUGGACCUGCUCUUUGAGCACCACCACCACCUGCCCCUGGGCCCGCCUCAGGGCCCAGCCCCUGCAGGCCCGCCUCCAGCCCUGCAGCAGACUGUGCAAGCCGUGCUGCACUGGGGGGGCCGGCUGGCCCAGAGCCUUCGGGGAGCCUCUGGGGAGGCCGCGCCGGGCCCUGUGGCUGCCCCCAGCCCUCCUGCAACAGGCAGCUGGUGGGAACAGCUGACCCAGGCCUCCCGGGUCUAUGCCUCUGGGGGCACAGAGGGCUUCCCUCUUCCCCGGUGGGGACCCAGGCGUCGUGGGACUGCAGCCGAGAGUGCACAGGAGAGACCCCCACCCGCAGAGGAAGCAGCGCCAGGCAGAGGCGUGUGGCUGGGGAGGCUGUUUGGAGUGCCUGGGGGCGCCACGGAGACUGAGAAUGGAGCCAUCAAGUCCAGGAGACCAUCCAGCUGGCUGCCCCCAACAGUGAGUGUGUUGGCUCUGGUGAAGCGGGGGGCACCCCCUGAGACUCCUUCUCCUCCUGAGGAACUCGAGGUCUCGGUGCCCAGUGUGGUGCAGAACCACAGGGCGGUUCGGGCUCUCUGUGACCACACCGCGGCGGGACCUGACCAGCUGAGCUUCCGGCGCGGGGAAGUGCUGCGUGUCAUCGCCACAGUGGAUGAGGACUGGCUCCGCUGCGGGAGGGAUGGCACGGAGGGGCUGGUGCCUGUGGGGUACACCUCCCUUGUUCUCUAGCCCUGGGACCUUUUCCUUUCCUGCGUAUGCGUCUCCCCAUCACCUGGGAAUGGAGUGGCCCGCGAACACUAACCCAUGUACACAGCAGCGUUCUCCUCGUCUGCAAGGUGACGUUUCCCACACGCACUCCUGCUAAGAUUGAAAAUAAACUUUCCUUCUUCCCUCCCAUGCCCAUCUGUAAGGUGAAAUCUGCUCUUCUGCAAAUAUUUAAAAAGAAUCCCCUCCAUGCAGCCCCUUUCCUCUUUCCUUCCUGUAAGAGGGGGCGUCUUUCUAUCCGCGCAGUGGAAACCCAGCCUCCUCCACCUUCGCCAUCCGGUGGACUUGCCGGUACAGUAGAUGCCGCGGUGUCCUCCCUGCGAAUGGAGCCGCCCCGCCUCCCGCGUUGCCUGUAUUCAUGAUGUACUCACACUGUACGCUGUGCGAGGCGCCGAAGCCUGGGCACCCCUGGGCGGGCUGCGGUGUUGGUCUGCCUCCUUCCUCCUUUGUCCCAAUAAAGUGCGGGAGUCCAG